AUGUCCAAAUCCUCGGAACCAGGUGUCGGCUUCGAAUUCCCCAGCUACCCCGUCUCAUGGCUUAAGCGUGACGUCCUCCUGUUCGCAAAUAGUAUAGGCUGCACAGCAGAUGAGCUGCACUUCCUUUACGAGCUCCACCCCUCCUUCCAACCCUUCCCUACCUACCCAAUCAUCCUCCCCUUCAAGCACACCUCCCUCGACGUAAUCGACUUCUACGCCCGCUCCGCCUCUAGCGCGGCCUCCAUCCCCGGGGUGCCUAAACUUGACACCCGCCGCGUCGUCGAUGGCGAGCGCAAGAUUGAGUUCGUGAAGCGGCUCCCGGUGACGAGCGAGGAGGGAGGAAAGAAGUUCGAGGUCAAGAGCAGGGUGCUGGGCGUGUAUGAUAAGGGCAAGCCGGGGACGGUAGUCGAGACGGUGCAGGAGCUUGUGGAUGGGGACGGGGAGGUGUAUGCGAGGAUGGUGGGGAGUGCGUUCUAUGUUGGGCAGGGGGGGUGGGGUGGGCCGAAGGGUCCGAAGACGGUCAACUUCCCGCCUCCAGAAGGUAAGAAGCCGGACGCAGUUGUGGAGCACCAAACUACACCCACCUCAGCGCAUCUCUACCGGCUGAAUGGUGACUACAACCCCCUCCACGCAACCCCCGAACCAGGCCAGAAGAUGGGCUUCGGCGGCGCUAUCAUGCAUGGCCUAUACUCCUGGAACGUCGCGUGCCACGAGCUGCUGCGCACGCUGGGCGGUAGCGAUCCAGAGAAUAUCAGGGAGUUUCAGGCGCGCUUCGCAAGUCCGGUCAAGCCGGGCGACAAGCUCGUGAUUGAGAUGUGGCGGACGGGCGAGGAGAAGGGGAGCGGAUUCGAGGAGGUUAGGUUCGUAGUUAAGGUCAACGGCCAGAAGGUGUGCUUGAGUAAUGGACGGGCGGUGAUGAGAUGCGUGGGGAAGAAGGAGACGAAGACGAGUAGUAAGCUAUGA